GCAUUUGAAUAUAUAAUUCGAUGUAAGCACUUUUUGACACACUAGUCAAUUUUUAGUGCUCGCAUCGUGUUGUUCGACAGUGCAUUCGCCAAACCAUUUUUAGCGAUCGACUUUUUUGUUUUCGUUUCACCUUUGUUCCACCGGUUCAUGUUUUUUUUUUUUUUGGGCGAAUAUUUUGCGAAAUGAUCUAAUCGAUUGCGUUUCGUUUUGAGUUUGUUAUCAAAACAAAAAACUUAUCGAAAAGGAAAUUUGUCGAAAUUAUUUCAAUUCGGAAUAUUGUGACUUUUGUGUGCAUAUUAAUUCAAACGAAAAUCAUUUUUAACACCAAAUUGAUAUUGUGGAAAUAUUACGAACUGGAGACGAAAAAAAAAUAAACUUAUUCAUAUAGUUAAAAUAGAUAAAAGAUUUGGUUUUCGUGGAUUAUUUUAACAACUUUACCUCAAGACAACUGUAGAUUGUUUAAAAGAAUUAGAACACAUUGAUAAAAUGAACAUUUUGCUGGGGAUUAUUUGUUUUGUGUUGUCGGUGACGGUAGAAGCUCAACGCAGCUCAUUCCCCUUGCCCGAAGUGAAGCCCGAAGAAAGGCAAUUUCGUGUUGUAUACGAAUGGUCAACGAUUGGAUUUGCUUAUCGUAGCGAUGUUGAACGUGCAAAUGCCAUUUAUACAAAUCAUUAUAUUCCUCGAAACAAUCUCAUUUCGGAUGUGAAAGCAUUUGCAAAUCGUUUAUAUUUGACGGUGCCACGCAUGUUACCAGGUGUACCAGCAACAUUGGGAUGGAUUGUCUCACCGAAUAAUAAUGGACGAACCGAUCCCGAAAUCGAACCAUUCCCAUCAUGGGAAAUGAAUGAAAUUGGCAAUUGUUCAGCACUGCAAUUUGUUCAAGGCAUUGCAAUUGAUACCGAUGGUAUUAUGUGGGUUGUUGACAGCGGUCGGGUCGACACACUUAACCAGGGUUCACGACCACAAGCCAAUUGUUUACCAAAAUUGCUGUUGCUUGACUUAAAGCGAAAUGGAACCAUUCUUCGACGAUACGAAUUCCCAGAAGAAGUGGCUUCACGUGGAUCCAAUUAUCUGAAUAAAAUUGUGAUUGACGAUGCAUUCGGUGGUUUUGCUUAUAUCACUGAUAACAGCGGUGCUGAUCCAGGAAUUGUCGUUUAUUCAAAGCGAUUGAAUCGAUCAUGGAAAAUUCGUGAAAAUAAUUCAAUGCGAGCUGCUCGUAAUGCUCAAGAGUUUAUUGUAAAUGGAACAAAUUUAAAUUUUGCAAUUCAUAUUGAUGGCAUCGCCUUAGGACCGUAUUAUAAUCCCGAAACUGGUUUGGUACAAAAUCAAGGAUUACCCAUCGGACAACGUGGACCGUUAAAUUUGCGUAGCAAUAAUUUUGAACGUAAUGUCUAUUACAGUCCAUUGUCGUCAUACCAUUUGUACUCAAUUCCAGCAUCUGUAUUACGUGAUCCAGAAUUUGCACGGCGUGCACAAGCACGUGAAGUGUUGGCCGCUGUCACCGAUGUCGGUUUGAAAGUUUCACAAACCGAUGGCAUGAUUAUGGACAAUCGUGGCGUUCUCUAUUAUGGCCUUUUGAAAGAUAAUGCAAUUGCACAAUGGGAUUCAUAUGCACCAUUCACGUUAGAAAAUCAAUUGAUCAUUGCCAAAGAUGAUAAUUUCAUUCAAUGGGUCGAUGGCAUGAGUUUUGAUGAAGAAGGUUACCUAUAUGUGGUUGUAAAUCGUUUAUUUAAUUUUGUUGCGGGACGUUUACAGCCGAACGACAUUAAUUUUAGAAUUUUACGCGCUAAAACCGGUACAUUAAGCUAUGUGUAUACAAAUAAUGGUGGUUUGGGGGCACGUGCACCGGAAGACAUUCUGAAUCGUGGUCUUAUAUUGAACGAUUUUGGUAAUGGCAUCGCUUCAACAACACCAUCUUUCAGUGGAUUGGCUGGACCUGGAUUUUGGAUCUCGGGUGCAUCAAUGUCAGCACAAUCGUUUGUUCUCAUUUCGGUACUCUUGUUCGCAUCGAUGAGCACUUACUUUAUUCGAUUUUAGAAUUUAAAAUCAAUAAGAAUGAAAAAACCACUUAACUUUAGUUUAACUUUUACGAAUUUGAAUAUUUCGUAUUUCCUAAACAAAAUUGCAUCAAUACUGUAAAUUGUGAAUAGAAUUUAAGGAAAACAUAUUGUUUUUACAAAAAAUAAACUGAUAUAUGAACACACAUGAAAAAAUAGA